CCCCUAUCGUCACGCGCGACGCGGAACUAAGCAUGAGUGAAAACAUGUCUGUGUCAAGCAGCUCCUACAAACCUGUGAGCCAUGUCCUUUUCGAUAUGGAUGGAUUAUUAUUAGACACAGAGCGACUGUACACUGUGUCCUUCCAGGAAAUAUGUGACCGCUUUGGAAAGCAGUACACAUGGGACGUGAAGUCGUCAGUGAUGGGUAAAAAGGCGCUGGAUGCUUGCCAAAUUAUUCGGGACACUUUGGAGCUUCCACUGACAGCUGAGGAACUCCUGGCUGAAAGCAGGCAAAUACAAGAAAGGAUCUUUCCCUUUGCCAAACUCAUGCCAGGUGUGGAGAAACUGGUGCACCACCUGCAGAAGCACAACAUCCCCAUUGCAGUAGCAACCAGCUCAGCCGGUGCAACGUUCAAGUUGAAGACGAGCCAACACAAAGACUUCUUCAGUCGGUUUGACCACAUUGUUCUGGGUGACGAUCCCGAGGUAAAGAACAGCAAACCUCAACCUGACUCCUUCCUUGUCUGUGCCAGAAGAUUCAGCCCUCCAGCUUCUCAAGAGAAGUGCUUGGUGUUUGAAGACGCUCCCAACGGCGUGAAAGCGGCGCUGGCUGCGGGCAUGCAGGUGGUGAUGAUUCCUGACGACAACCUGGACCCCAGCCUUACCCAGGAGGCCACGCUGCGACUCAGGAGCCUGGAGGAGUUUGAGCCGCAGCUCUUCGGCCUGCCGGCGUUCGACUGAGCCAGAAAACCCAAACCCAGUGUAAUUCAAUCUUUGUGUCUCACCCCAUUCUCAUAUCAAUUAUGAACAAAGUGAGAAAACCAAGUUGAUUGUUUUCAACAAUGCCUUACCAUUGUGUGGGUGAAUAUUGAUAAUUUUUUUUAGCACCAGUUUAUCACAUUUGAUUUAAUUGUGAUUGAGACGUCACAUCAUUGGGGGAAAACAUGAAUCUGUCUCUUUUUGAAAGCUUUCUCAAUCUGUCAAAUUUUAUUUAAAUUUUUUACAUAUGGUUAGACAUAGUUGAGGUUUAUAGAUAUUCACCUCGUAAACAUCUGCCACCAGGCUAAUACAAGAGAGGUUAAGAGCUCCAGAGUUGAGUGGGUCCCCAUUUAGUUUAUGUCGUCCACCUGGGUGACACAAUACACAGCCCUGCAACUGGUUUUGCACUGAUCUACAGGUGGCAGUAUCACACCAAAUAAAACAAUACAAAUACAACAAAGUCAUUGGUUAUCCUGCAAAAAUGGUGGUUCAACAUGGUGGACUCCAUGGAAGAAUACCCGCUCUCUCUGUAGAUAUAAACAGCUCAUUCUAAGGUAACAAAAACACAGCAAAUUUUCAAGUGAUUACAUAAAUUCCAUUUCUGCCAAUAGAUUAAACCAAUUAAAGCAGACACUACAUAAGUGCAAAGAGGCAAAUAAGCUAAACCUUUUGUCCUUGAAAUAAUGAGUUCUGCUUGAACAAACAUUCUGUUAUUGUGGUAGCUCAGUUUCAGAAUGGACCUCUGCAUGUCAUACCACAGUAAUACUGUCUGGCUGCUUAUUUAGAUGUCAAUCAAAAGACAUUUUCUGGUCAAAGCAGGAACACAACAGAUCAGUCAAAAUACUGUCCUAGUCCAUACAUUGUGUUUAAGCAGUCUUGCUGAAAUGCCAAAGACACUCCUCACCUCAGUGUAAUCCAGUAAAGAGGCUGUGAGCGUCCUCACCCUUUUCAUCUCUGCUCAACUCUGCUCAUGUCUGCCUCUACACUUACUACAAUUCACAUGUCCCCUGUCCUUGCGCCAAGCAGGCUCUAACGGAUGGCCCGCUGGAGGAUCCUGGUGUUACGGCUCCCUCGGGCUGCUGAAAUAGGAUUUCACUCGCAUCUGCUCCACCCCCCUUUACCCCCCAAGUCUUUCAUCCUCAAGGAGGGGGUAGUCUCUCUUUUCCUGCUCACACACUCAUUACUCUGUAGUCAUUUACCCUGUUCUGGCCUAAAAUGUGGUACAUUUCUUUCUAUGUGUGUUUGCCUUUUAAGUCUUACCACAGAGUGACUGUAAACAGAUCUUAAAACAGAUGUCUGUAUAUUAUUAGUAUAUAGGUACAUUUUAUUUUGAGGCUUUUCUUAACGCAAUAUAGAAUCAAUAAAAAGAGUCAAGUUACAGGUAAACUCAGAUGUGCAGGGAAAAAAGGGAAAAAAUUAUUAUAGUAAUGCUUAGUAGUGCCUAAAAUCCAGAUGAAAUGAAAAAUUGCUUUUUGACCUUCAAGAUUACAUCCUCAGUCAUACUGUACCCUUAUCUAACAAUGGAUACCAAAAUGGUAAAUUAUAUUUUUAUGUCAAAAUUCUUUUUUUCCUAAUUUUUCCUGUAAAACAAAAUGUGACACAUGCUUACCUGAGUGAACCAACCAGUUUCAACCAAUGAUAUCAUGACAUCCACUGGUCAAAUGAAUCUUCAACUUUUAGUAAUACACAGCUAAGAUUCCUUAGUUAGCUAGCUAGCAACAGCAUGGCUCACUACCGGGGUGGAGUUUUUCUCGAGGCCUGUCCUCACUGAUCACUGUACAAAACACAACCUUAUUAGUGAUUUUGGUAAAGCAGGAUGAAGUUAGUUUGUGCAGCUAACACCUAGCCCUGGAGUGCCAGGAGCCUAAACCUGCAAAAAAACACCUAAGUGUUGUAUCGUCAAAGUGGCUUCCGUCGGCCUGGGAUGCUGUAUUUGGGCACAGUCUGACUGUACUGUUAACUGGGAGCUCCCGGUUCGGCAGAAUCAGCUAAUAGGACCGCUAUAGCUAGUCGAAAUUAGCUGAGUGAGUUACUCAUCCUCCCCGGCAUCGUCUAGGUAAGAGAGAAAUGGAUCCCAGAUAGCUGAGAUGGUUUUUAAUUGAAUUGGUUCUCAAGGAGCUGAGUCUUUCCAUCUCUAUGACUGAAAUCGUCUGAACCAUCCAUCUCCAAAAGGAAGGGGGAGAGGCUGAUUUCCAUUGGAGAGCACAGAGUGGACUGUGAGCAGCUGAAGAUGGCAAGUUCAGCUUCCAAUUGGAUGGUUCUUUCAGGCCUUUAAGUACCAAUCAAAUAUGUUGGGCCAGAAUCCAGUAAGUGAAGAUGUGCCCUCUGUCACAUAGUGGUGAGACAGAAGGGUAAAUCUUUUGCAACCUGGAUUUAGAGGACAGUGGACAACUUUCCGAAUAAUUUAGAUUCAAAUUGAAGGCUGGGUUAAAAUGGCAUUGGAUCAGACUCAAAAUAUCUUCAUCUACACUGUGUAACAACAUUUUUCUGCUGUGCAAAUGUGUCAACUUUUCAUUAUCAAAUAAAAAAAAAAACCAUAACACAAACCCAGAGCAGAAUAAUUAUGCAAUUUCCAUUCAUUUUUAAUUCAUUUUCUUCUUGACUUUGAUUUCAGAUUUAAUUAGGCUGUGGGUAAUUUUAGAGCUAUUGCAUAUUUUUUCAGAUCUAAGUCAUGCAUGUAUAGCAGAUGGGUUACUUCAUUUUUAAUUUAUUUGAGUAUUUAAUUUAAGUCAUAUAGCUUUAGUAAUCCUGUCACAUACACUUCACUGGCUGCAUAGUCUAAUGCAAGUGGCCUUAUAAGACAAGGUCACUGUUUAUGGCUUCAUAUCAAAGAGUCAAAUUUGAUAGAAAAGCGUAAGAAAUCACCUGAAAUUAUAUGUCAGGAACAGAAAGUAGUCUGUGUCACAAAGGAUUUGUUGUAAAUAAAAGCUGCAGCCAUCCACAGCUGCUUUUUCAUGAUGAGUUCAUAAAGGGAUCCUUGGUUGUAAUCAGCCAUCGUUCUUCUUGGGAGGACAGUCUUUGUCUUCUCAACGCGCAUCAAAAGAAACUCAUGUUUUUGUAUUUUCCCAGACAAUUUUCGUUGAGCUGCAAUCAAUAUUAACACAAAGAGGGAGCUAUGUACUAAAAACACUUUCUUUGGCAGCCCAGUCUCCUUUAAAUCACACUGAUGUACAAAUAUGUUUUGAGGGAACCUUAAUGUGCGUGUUGACGCAGGGGUUGAACUCUAGAUGAGUAAACUCUAGCUUGAUUUAAAAGAGCAGGGUGACUGAGGUUACUUGGGUUUACCCUCCACUACACCCCUGCUCUGUAUCUCUCUCACAGGCAAACAACUAGCUAGCAAGCUAACCGUUGGUAAAGUAGUAAAGCCCGCCUCUUGCUUGAUUUUGAUUGUCUAUCUGGGCCAAGUGUGACAUCGAAAAGCGUUGGUGAAAAGUUGAAAAUAUUUAAACUUUUAUGCACGGCUAAAAACCGUGAAACACAGGGCAAGAGAGGAGCGCAUACCAGAGGAAAACAAUAGUUUUGUGGUCGACCCAUUUCUAGCAAUGUGUCUCUGUGUGAUCAGCCUCUUAAUAUGAAUUAAUGUACCUGGUAAGUUGCAAAAAUGUUGAUACUGAACGUAUCAGUAAAAUGUUCCCUAGCACUGUAUUUCAUUCAUUUUUCCCUGCCAAAAUAGGCAAUUUUGUAAUACUAUCCACUCAUAAUGACUACAACAUUACUUAAAAGUUGGCAAUGACUUGAGACAUAAGGUGUUUUUAAUGUUAAAAACAAAAUGAUGGUCUUUCCCUAACCUCUUAACCAAAGCGUUUCUGUUGCUAGAGUCUGGAUGAAAACCGUGGACUGUGGCGUGACAGUCGUGCAACCACAGCCCAGAUAAGAAAAAAAUAUCAAUGUAAAAACAACAAAAAAAAAAAAACUUUUUUUGUGCGAGUACCUGGCUGCAGACAAAAUGUCAGAACUCUGUAAGAGCAUGCACAAGAGGCACUUCUGCUAUCUCAGUUAGCCAGGCAGCUAGUCCACUUUUGGCAUAAAAAGGCGAGAAGGCAGGGCCUUACUAAAUAAAAACACAACUUUAUGACUUCAGUCACUGAUUUUGAUAAAACUAGCAAUAUGGGACACUGAAUUUGAGGAAUUUACGGUUUAUCUGACCACAAAUGAGACAAGAAGACAAGAACUGUGUUUCUGCAGGCCAGGCCUCACUGAUUACUGGACAAUAACACACAACUUUACGUCUUCAAGCAUUGCAGACUUUGUUGAUUAAAUUUACAACCAACUGCAGUAUUCUUGAAAAACUUCACAAUUACUGAUAUCUCUAGUCUAAAUGUAAUGAAAUCAGCUAGGUCCGCCAAGCUUGAGUAUGUUUUUCCGGCAGUAAUAUCCGCUUGCAGGAUAUAUUCUCCUUUACCACAGUCUUUCACUUAUUUGAAAACCAUGCCUAGAGUUAAACGCUGACUUAAUUACUUUGUAUUUGAGGUAAAACACCUCUCCAUAGCUUUGGUUUGCCGUUUCCCUUGGGUUUUGAGUGGAAGUACUUUUUUCCAUUCAAAAUAUUUCUCUUGAGGGAUCGCAAAAUUUUCUUGAGAGAAUGCAACCUUUAUUUUUCAACAGUAAUACAGACUUGGAAGUCAUAGACAGACAAUGUAGUCCUGUUGAUGGGGUAUCCAACCAGAACACAUUUCUACAGUUGUAAUAUAUGACUUGGCUAUUACUUAUUGUUACAUGCCAAGCAUUGUUAUAUACUUAAAACGGGGACGUAACACAAGUGAUAUGAUAAAGGUGUGUUAGAUAAAAAAAAAAAAAAAAUAGGACAAUUUAGGGGCUUCUGGGCAGAAGAAACUGAGGGGUGUUUUAACUCAAAAGCUCAUCCCAAGUCAUCACAUCAAACAUCCAAAAACGGGAGGAAAACAACCAGCGAAAGAGCCAGAGUUGCUGGUGGGAUACAUCACAGGCAGAAGACAUACACACAGUAAGUGCAUAUGUUGUUAGCUAGCAACAGCUAACACUUGGACAGUCGGCUGUUAGGGGCAAUUACUGCAAAACUGCCCAGUCAAAUUUGCACAAAUAAUGCAACUUGAUUUGAGGUCAGUCUGAAAAAACCUUAAUCAGUAUUUUUAUUUUUUUUAAUAACAGGACAGAUUUUUACUUGGUUGCAUGCUUGCAUUUUAUGCUGAGUGAUUCGCUGUGUUGCCAUGGAACAAGUUUACAAGGGUCUGUUUUCGAUUGAUUGAGAGCAUGUGGAAGUGUAUGUAGUCUACAACAGUUCAUUGAUGCCUUGCUGCAUGUAGUUUUCUUUGAAAUAGAAAUCCAUCUUUUGAAGAAUGUUGUGGAGCUUGGCAUCUUCCUUCUCAUUUGUGCUCCCUCUGACCCAUUUCAAGAUAAUGUUUUCCAGUGAAUGGCUAAAAUAAAGUUUUUCAGCAUUACUUUUUGUCAUACAUAAAGGGAGUCCUGAAACAGCUGCAUUGCUGUGAAUGGGGCUGCAGAAAAAAAACAUUUUAGCCACCUCAAAACACCAGUAUCAUUUUAAUUGUAUGCUUUAUUAAGGAUGUUUCCACUGCUUUAUCUUGCUGUCAGACAACCCUUUUCUUUGGCACUAACUGUAGAACUUCUGUAUUACACAUAAGCUCAAGUGCAUUGCACACUGUAUUAUGCUGCAGAUCAGCUGUUUGGGUCAGAAAGUAGCAAGAUCAGAAUGAAAUCUUAUGCCUAGGAAUACAGAUCUAUGGUUAGAAAAAAAGCGUUUAUAGCAAGGUAAAGCAUUGAAAAUUUGAAAAUAUUCUCAAUAGAAUGAACACUCGAAGCUGAUAUUGAUUUGUUUUAGGUGGGCCUUUUUCUUUGUGGAUAAAAUAAGUUUUUCUGCAGCCUCCAUCCACAGUAGUGCAUUGCUCUGCUUCUGUGCCGGGAUCCUUUUGCUGCUUCUUCAAAUGGGGUGUGCAUUGACUUCCAUCUAGUGCAGGUAAGGUAUGGAUAAGUACUUUAUACAACCCCACUUCAAAAAUCCCAAACUGUCCCCUUCAGACAUUUUGCCUAGGUCACUGUAAAUUACAGGGGUAGGCAACCAUGCAGCCCUUUAGCCCCUCUCCUGCAGCUUCAUAUUGAAAUAACCAACAGUUACUUUUUAACAUUUAUCACUGUUGUAGGCCUAUAGUGAUUCUUACAUUCUCCAGUCCCACCCCUUUUUGCUCUGUGCUUCAAUAACAGUUGAGCAAGUCUUUGUCAGAACCUUGAUGAACUUUCUCCUUUCCUGUACUUAGAUAUGCUACAUGCUAGGCUUGUUGUUGGUGAAACUUGGUAAAAAGAUGGUAAAAGAUAUAUAGUCCCAUCUUAGGUUAGCUAAUAUUAGCAAAACGCACACUAGCUAGCUAAUUUACAUCAAUCAUUAUCUACAUAGUUAGCCCCUAGUUACCUAUCAUUUUGCUUCAGAGCAAAACAUCUAACUAGCUAGCUAAUAUACAUUAAUUGUUAACACACUACAUACAUCUGAUAGCAAAUGUUGGCAAAACGCUAGUUAAUUAGAUAGCUAGUGGCACUUUUGAUAGUAAAGGUUGCUGACCCCUGGUGGGGUUGGUCAGCCAUCCAAAUGCCCCCAAAUCAAAGUGUGUCUCUGAACAUUCCUGUUAUAAAAUCCAUAAGAGUGCUUGAGGCUACACCCUAAAAGCUGUCCUUCCAAAAAAAUACAAAAUUAAUGAGCAUUCUUUCGCAUCUGUGUCAAUCACUCUUCUCUUUUAUCCUUGCCGCAAACCUUUUCAACUUCAAUUCUGCCUGCGAGUGAAGAGGGCAGGAGAGAGGAGGGGAGCGGCAGCAGAGAUAGCUGCCUGACAUGUUUCCCAGGCCCCUGUCCUCAUCUGUGCUCACGACUGAUAGGCGAGAGUGGCUGUGGGACACAUUCAUCUUCAACGUCAGGUUUUAUAUCCGGAUUUUAUCUGCGCUUAGACAAGAAGCUCCUCUACAGGCAAAGUCUAAAAACACUGGAUGCCAGGGAGAGACAUUGUAUGGAUGACCUCAUUUUAGAUAUUAAGAUUUUUUUUUUUUUUUUUUCAUCUUAAGGGGCUGCCAAACAGUCCAUCCGACUGAAUGUGCAUCAGAUAAUGUAGGCAGGCCUCUUUCUGUACAUUCCCUUCAAUCUUGUCUCAGACGUGCGGAAUCAAAAGAUGCUGACUGAAUGUUAUAUCUUUGGGGAGGCUUUGUAAAGAAAAGUCAUCACCUGACUGAGGGAAAUUAGGGAUUCACUAUACAGGAGCUUCAUGAAAUCCACUAAAGCAACAGUGAUUUAAGUAUUUUAAUUGAUUUGUCUGACAGAAAUGCUCAUAAUCCAAAAGUUUGCAUCUAAAUACUCCAAAGUAGUUCUGUGUAUGCCAACAUCUUUGUGUUACUAGUCUUAAGAAAAUCCUCCUUGUCUCUUAAAGACCAAAACAAAUAACACUACUAUGUGCAAGGUGGCAGAACUUUUCACAGAUUUCUCUAUUCUCAACACCAAGCAAAAGCAUAUCUCAAGUCUGCAUAUCUCCAAAGCCCAGGCUAUGGCUGAAUUGCCAAGAAGGGUAGUGAACAGAAGAAUGCCAAGAUCCGAUGGAAGUAGUUCUGCUGGAUGCCAUUUUAUAUUCUGCUGCCAAAGUGUGCAACCUCGACUUGAACCAAAAGGGAUUUUAUGGAGAUGAAGAUAUCGGAGGCCUCUGACCGAGAGGAUGCUACUACUUAGGAGGAGAGAGGCUGCAGACACUGUGCUUUCUGCACUUGCUAUGAGACUCAAUGCUUCCUCAGUGAUGCAAAUAGACCUCAUGUUUUAUUCAGCUUCGAGUGAUGAGAGAAUAAAUUUGAUUACAGGAGCAGGUGAUAGAGAGGAUGAUGUUGGGAAGCAGAUUUGCGAUGGCAAAGAGGAGUUUAAUGCACAAUUAAGGCCAGACAAUAUCAGAUUAACAUGUUUUGCAAUAAUGCUUUGUGGAAUUAAACACUAACUUCUUUGUUGUCUUUUGAUAUCUUGGGAGUUUGAUAUCAUGGAAUAAUUGGAUUUAUUGUUUUGUUUUGAGGAUUCAAGAUCCUUAUGUUUUAUAUUUAAAUUUUAAAUGAAGAAAAAAAGAUGACUUACAGGAAAUAUACAGGUGGAACCAGGGACAUUGUAGUUCUGUAGAAUCGGGUUUAUGGAAAUAAUUGUUUUUUUGUUGUAAAAUGCAAGAAAAAGGACAUUUAUUUCUCCUAUUUUUAUCAUCAUUCUGCUGCCAUUGUUGGUGUUCUCUUUCUAUGUGAGUCUUAUUUUGGUGGAUGGCGCUACUUUUGCCAUAAUUAUCCUCGGGUCUCUGACCAGGUGUGACUGUCUUUGUGUACUUUGUGUCUUGUUUUUUUUUUGUCUGCACAAAUAUCUAAUGCAAAAAAUAUCUUUUAGUUUCUUACACAUUGAGUCCAGGUAUAUUUUCCAUGGAUUCAUUUGGAUCUAACAUAACAAUAACUCCUCAGCAACAUCCCCCAGCUCCUCAAAAGAGCCUCCUCCUGCGGGUUCCUAAUACGUUCCUAAACAAGAUGCCAUAUAUAUAUAUAUAUAUAUAUAUAUAUAUAAUGGCUUGUGUGUUCUUGGUCUACCCAGGAGGCUUUCUGGUCAGAUGCCUGAACCACCACAAAGGAGCAACAGCUCUACUCCAAGCUCCCUCCUUACCCUUAAGGGUUAGCCCAGCACCCUACAGAGGAAUCUCAUUUUGGCCACUUGUAUCCACAAUCUCAUUCUUCCUUUAAUAAUUUCGUAUGCUUUUAAUCUGAGCCUUCACUGGUCUACUGAAUUAUUUAUGGUAGGAAUUGAUUCCUCACUUAAUUUUUAAUCACAUCUAUAUCUAUUCCACCUUGCUUUCCACUUGUAUGACACUGCCAGUGUUAAACUGGCAAGGGAAUAGUCAUUUUGAUAUGCCUCAGCAGACGUUCAGCUGCGAUAUCACACUUUGGCACAUCAUCGCUGUUCUCAAAUAUUCUUUGCUGUGGAGACUCAAUAGUGAUCUAAUGCAGAAAGAAAAAUGUAAAGUAAAAAAGCGGCCUUGAAUACUUGAAUACACGGGCUUUCCUGCAAAGGAGAACAGUGACAAACGAGCUAACAGAGCAUCAGCAUCUCAUUUCCAUGGUCCACACACUCUCUCAGAGCCUUCUCUCUGUUUCGGUUUAUCUCUCGCUGUUAAUCUUCUCCUCUUUUGAGGCACACACUAUGUGGCUUAAAGCUUCCAUUGAAACCAGCAGAUUGUGUGCAAACAAGUGUUCCACAAAGCGAUCUCUUCCGUCUUCGUACAUCAGCAGCGCUCCGUGAGGACGACUGGUACACCCUUCCACUUUACAGAGGCGCCUCCCUGUUACAGCUGCAAUAAAAGGAAAUUAAAUAUAAAUGUAUACAGUUGAGAGAAUACCGCAGUUUAAAGGAAAGCAAAUGAUGCAGUGAGGGGUCGCCUGGGUUCAAUAAAAAGUGCCUCAGGCUUUACAGUGAACACAUUAUGAGAGCUGGUCGCCCUUGAUUUCUUGAAUUAUGUAUGUGGGCAUCAGUUUGAGGUGGUAGGAGCAACAUUUCCAUCUUAACAUAGGAUCUGCAACACACUAAAAUUCACAAAAUGUCUCUGUACCUCAACACAGUUUUCAAUCCCCACAUAUGUCAUUAUGGGUGUGCAACGCAAAGCUACCAUCUGUAUCUGGUAAUUUCACACAUUAUUGAAAACUGUCUCAUUAAUUAUAUUUGUAAGUUUAAUUGCUCACAAUUUUAGUAAAUAAUAUAAUACCUUAAUUAGCAUAAAUCAGAAUUAGCAUUAUCUGUAUUUAAACGCCACUUCCAAAAACUGUAGUCUAAACUAAAUCUAAAUAAAAGCUGUGCAACUGUUGAUUGUCUGGGUGGGAAUGAAUAAUGGAAAUAUAAGGGGUUAUCAUUACACAACUCUUAGUUUUUAGUUUUAUAAAAAUCUAAUAACAUUUGAAUGAAUCAUUCAUUUGAUACUUUGGUGGCCAUGGUUUCUGUAAAAUGAACUGAAUGACUGAAUUGUGGAGGAUUCAACAAUCACAUCUAACAAUGUGUGGCAUGUUAAUAUUGACAAAAGUUUAAAGGACAUCAAGCAUUAACUUUGUUAGGGCCAAUAAUAAUUACCUUAGUCUUAUCAAAACUUCUGGGACAUCCAGGAUUUAAGGUCAAGGAUGCAGCUGUUGAGUGUAUUCAUUUAAAUUAAAUUCAUAAAUUCAUUGGGUUCAAAUAGAGGUACAAUUGAGUGUCAUCUGUGUAGUAAUAGAAUCUUACAUUAUGUCUAUGGAUGACAUGCACCAGGGGUAAUAUGUAGAGCGCAAACAAGAGGAGUCUGAGGACAGACCCCUGAGGUACCCUAUUAUCUUCAAAGAGGAUGACCAGAAGUUGCCAGUGGCUACACUAAAAGACAUCAUUUGUAAGUAGGAAUAAAACAACUUUAAAACUGAACUAGAGAUGCCGAUCCAGUGCUUGAGACAUUCAAUACAAUAGAACUAUAUCAAAAGCAGCUCUUAGAUCUAAUAGAACUAAAAAGAUUUUCCAGCGUCGACAACACACAGAAGAUCAUUAAUCACUUUAAGGAGAGCAGUCUCUGUAUUGUUGUUCGCCCUAAAUCCAGAAGAGUCAGUUUCUGUUUAAAAAAGCAAUCAGUUGUUUAGCAAAAACUUUUUCUAUAAUCUUAGAAAGAAAGGGCAGUUUAGAAAUUGGUCUGAAGUUAAGGUCUAACAAGUUUAUUUUUUUUAGGAGUUGUACAAAGUUACAUACAUAGAUUCUUAAAAUAGGCAGGGAUAGAACCAGUCAAUAGGGGACUGACAGAUCCAUGUCCUUCUUUUUGAAAUUUCAUGGGCAGAAUGUCAAGAGCAUACAAAGACGCGAUACUAUUGAUCCCACUACUUUUCAUAGCAAGACACGCCCUGCGUAGCAAUCAAGUGCUAGGAUUGGCCAGGUGUGUAUGCUCAUGUGAGUGUGAGAAUUUUCUGCCAGAAAGGUUUUCUAAUGUGCUUAACGCUGUAAAUGCAUCUAUUUGAAUCCAAACCAUGAUAUUUCCCUAAACCUAACCAAAGUGCAACAACACAAAAUGAUGAGUCAACUAAGUGUAAAAAACUGUCUUAUUCAAUUCAAUUCAAUUUUAUUUGUAUAGCGCCAAUUCGUAACAGAAGUUAUCUCAGGACACUUUUAAAAAUAGAGCAGGUUUAGACCGAACUCCUUAUAACAUUUACAGAGGCCCAACAGUACCACCAUGAGCAAGCACUUGGCGAUGGGGACAAGGAAAAACUGUGUAUUAAGAGGCAGAAACCUAGGACCCUUCGGCUCUAGGUGGGUGGUCGACUGAUGAUGAUGAACAUGACAACAGCAACGAUGGGGGACAAUGAGCAGUGACAACAGCAACAACAGUAACUGUAGCAAUAAUAAUACUUAUAAUAAUAAUAACACUAAUGUCAGUGAUAUUGGCAAUGGCAGUCAAGCAGGACCAUGGUAGGAGUUAAUAGAGUGAUUCCUAAUAAUGUUGCCUAAAGGGAGCAUAUAUAAAGUAAAUAGUAUUGGUCCAAGUACAGAACCUUGUGGAACUCCAUGACUAACUGUAGUAUUUAUUGAAGAUUCCUUGUUAACAUGUACAAACUGCGAACGAUCUGAUAAGUAUAACUUAAACCAGCUUAGUGUGGUUCCUUUAAUGCCAAUUUGAUGCUCAAGUCUCUGUAAAAGAAUAUUAUGGUCAAUGGUGUCAAAUGCAGCAUUAUGAUUUAAUUAUACAAGUACAGAGACAAGUCCAUUGUCGGAAGCAAUCAAAAGGUCAUUAUUAAUGUCUCUGUGCUGUGAUGAACUCUAAAUCCUGACUGAAAAUCCUUAAAUAAACUAUUCUAUUCUUUGGCGACAUGCGGCUAUAUAUGUCAUCACUGGUCACAUAGGGCAGGGGUCUGACAUUGUUUUUGCAUAUGUACACACCGACUCCACAUUAAUUUUAGUGACCUUCGAUUGCCGUAAUUGGGUGUAAUUUCCUCCAAUGUGAAUAACUAUUUUACUAUAUUUACGCUUAUCGUUCGCCAGCAGUUUUAAAUAUGAUUCAAUAUCGCCCGCUCUGGUCCCAGGGAUACAUUUAACCGUGGCUGCUGGCUUCACUAACUUCACGUUUCUGACUAUCGAGCUGCCAAUAACCAGAGUUGUUUCCUCAGCGGGUGUGUCACUGAGUGGGGGAAAUUUGUUAGAAACGUGAAUCGGUUUGUGGUGAACUGUGGGCUUCAGCAGUUUUUCCUUCCUCUGUUCAGUCACCCACUCUCCCUGGCUUCCCGGCUGCUCGGGAACUACCGGGGGAUGGCUGACAGAAGCUACCUUUGGUCGGCCCGCACCAACUACUGGGGGCUGGCUAACUAUAGCAGCGAAAGAUAAUUCUGUGGUGCGGUACCGUACUUCUAGAUCAAUGAGCCUCGCCUCCAGCGCAGUAAAUAAACUACACUUAAUACAUGUACCACUAUCACUAAAGGAGGCUGAGGAAUAGCUAAACAUAUGUGGCUGUUAAUCCCCAGUCUCUCAGGUGCAAGUCCUAAUGCCCUAAGGCCCUAACCCAUUCAUCUAAUACAACUUUAUUCCUACCCUUUGACUUUGGCACAAUUUAUUCUAAGUAUUAAGCUUUUUCUAAAUAAGGUGUCUGCUUUCUGGCCAAUCCUAGUGCUUGAAUGCAGGAAAGCAGUGGGUUUCAUAAUUAUGCCACAAAGAGGGCUUCAUUCUAUUAAUCACCUCAGUGAGAGUGUCGAUAGAUACUGUGUGGAAGGACUCAAAGAAGGCUUUAAAAUGUCGUUGUGUCUUGUGCAGAAGGGAUAAUGUGCAGUCUUGGAGGACCCUCGGUGGCACGGUAAAUUGCAUUGAAUAAAAUCCCGUAGUUCUUUUUAAUGAGGUACAAAAAAAAUACUGUGCUCUAUCAUUUUUAACCUCUGUAUUAAAAUUUCUGAGAAUCUCUUUAGAGGCUUUCCACUUCUGCUCUUCCCUAUUUUUGUCCACUGGAAAGGCACCCUAGAGGGUACUUUAUCAUGUUCUAUCCACUUCGAUGGACUAAGCUGUUUUUUCUACCAUUGGGGCUUCAAGAGGGCACUUUUGCAGUGUUUUUUCAAACCUGGGUUCAUUCUCUGGGAUCUAUGCAUUCCUGCACCAAAUUCUGUGCAGAUCCAUCCCCCUAUGUUGACAUUCUGGCAGUGCUAUAGAUGGAAUGUCAAGUUUUUACAAUUCAUCCUCUGGCGACCAUGAAUGUCAGUAUCAUGUUUCAUGGCAGUCCAUCUAAUAGUUUACAAUAGUCUACAAAUGUCAACCUCAUGAAAAAGGAAAAGUCAGAGGGUCACCAUUAGAAAUAUUCCCCAAGUACAACACUGUACAAAAAAAACUCCUUGCUUUCAUCAUGUCUGUCCAACAUCUCUGCCCCACCAUGCUACUGGCUUAAAAACGCCCUCAUAUUUACAGCAGGAUUAUGACCAAUUCAUUUGACACAUGACUAAUUCUCCCACCUAACCAACAGGAGACCCUCCAUUUACAAGCUCUUGUUGUAAAGCAGUCUUUAAUGACCAACGCACCAGGUCCCCCUCGGGAUCUUAAUGGACAGUGAGAGAUGCCCCUUGUCCUUCCAUUUAAAUGGUCGUAUCAGCGUUCUGCUGAGUGGCCAGGAAAGGCCCCUCUGGGCUCUGUCAAUCGGUCUUAGAGCCCAGCUCUGAUCAUGCACCAAGCAGCACAUCUGCGCUCUGGAGGCCGGCCGGGUCGAUGGAAGUGUUUCCCUUCUAGGCCGUCACUUCCCAAGACGUCAAUAGCACUCAAACCACAACAACACGUUAAUGCAUUAAACAACUCCUGCUGUUUGUCCUAUGUGCUCCUUUUGUGGUAAUACAGUAGUGGCAGUUUGAUUUCAUAUUUCUUAUUGACUUUUAUUUUACAGUUUGGCAGGAGAAAAAGGCGUGAAAAGUAUGACAAUAAUAGAAUUAAAUAGUUGUGCCUACAGUUGAAGUCAGCUCUUCAAUUUACAGUUGUCUCCACAUAUAUAGUACAUGGAGGAACAGUUAAAGUGUUGGAAUGCAGAUCUGUUGUCAGGCUGCUGGACUGAAAGAUUUGGAGUUGAUGAAGGGGAAAUAAGUCCUAAAUGGUUCUCUUGACUCUCAGAAUGUCUUUUUAAAUAAAAUACUGUAUAGCCAUAUAAAUGUCCUUGUACCUAAAUGAUAAAAUAGGCUUUAGUUGUUUUCUGUAUUUCAAAGCCGCUUAAGAAGGAAAAAGUGGAUGACCGAUCUCUCAGUUGCACAUCUAUUGAUAUCGUACCGGUAUCUACAUAUAUGUAAGCCGAUUUGGGCCAAUAUGAAAACAGUUUUUUUUCUGGUGUAUGCUGCAGUGAUGAGUAACGCUUCUGGGACUUGCUACUGCACUUCUGGUGUAAUUUCGAACAUUGUCUAUAACAGGCGUGAUCAGCUCCGGUGACCAUGUCGGCCCAUGACCGGUGGAAUUCAGGGUGGUGGAAUUCAGGGGUAGUCACAAUUAAUAAAAUCCAACAAAAAAAAAAGAUAACAAUCUCAAAUUAUUGAAAAUAAAUUAACUGGAAAACUAACAGCAAGGUUAAUAACUCUUUAGCCUUAACCAGACAACAUCUAAUGUUGAGAAAGUGCUAUGAACUAAACCCUGACAGCAAAGCUCAAACCACACAGCACCAAAAAAGAGACUAGUGCAGCUCCUUAGGCUUUAUAGACCCCAUGCUGGACUAUGAUUGGCUGCAGGUCCCCAAAUCAGAACAGUGGGAUCUGCAUUUGUAUUUAUCACAGUCCCUGUAACAUCCAACAUCAUAGACAUCAGUUUAUGACUCUAUAGCGGUCUGGGGUUUAAACAGAAAAACUGCUGCAGUGUUUUUAGGAAAUCAAUACAAUAUCACAAAACAAAAUAUUUCAAUACAAUAUUUUGACAUUUUACACCUCUAACUGUGGUCCACUUUUAAUCUAUUUUGGGACAGGAGGGUCAGAUGUUCGCAGGAGGGGGUCCCAGCCAAACUCAGCAUGUGUGGGUGUGUAGCAGUGUAGAGAUGGAGCCCUGCUGGAGAGGGGGGCAAAGCAGGGAGAGUUCAGUGGAGACAGCGAGGUGCCCCUGCUGCUAAUUAACCUUGUAUACAUGUAUACUGUAUGUAUGUCAGCAGGUGUAGAACAAACCGUGUCACAGACACUAGGCUGCUGGCAGCAGAAGGUUCUAGCCUAAAAACACUGACUGUUCAUUUAUAGAUGAUUGGAUGAUACCCAGGAGGAGGGGAGAGUUUUGGCACUGAUGGCACAUACUUUAAAUUAAUACAAGGUUUGCUUUUCUUUGUGACAAAUAAAACAAAGACAGAAAUGGAAGCAAAUCUCCAGGGUCCCUGCUACAAUAAAAACCAGAACAAUGUUUAAGACUUUAUAUUGGACAGCCAAACUCUUAGUUAGCCAUUUCCCAGCUGGUAGGAAAAUACUGGGUGGCAGAAAAGAAUAAAAAGCCUUUCUUUUCUCGCACAGCAAUCCCUCCACUCUCUUCUUUUUGAGCUCUACUUUAGUCUAUGGGGAAAUUUCUGAUAUGCAAAUAAGUGAUCUUUCCAUGAAUAAAGCGUUUGUUUAAGCCACUAUGUGGAAGAUUUCUGGCUUUGGCGCUAUCAAAAACAACACUGGCAGAUGGAAAUGCAAACCAAUUUUGCAAUUUUCCCUCAGAUUACCUCUUUUAUUUAAAAAACAGCAACAACAAAAAAACUUUUUUGACACCUUUGUCAAAAAACACAUUUGUCAAAAAUAGAAAUACAUAUUUUUACCUCUUACCUGUAGUGCUAAAUUUAUCAAUCUCGAUUGUUUUGGAGAUAUUUUAUUUAUUUUUAUUUUUGCAGGGACAGCACACAAUUAAAACUUGCACCAGAGUUAGCUAACAGCUAAUUUGCAUCUGUUUUCCUUGUGUAAAGGAACCAGAUGGCACUCAACUUGUGGUGCUCAAAGCGCCCCAAUAAAAAAAAAAAAGAAAAACUCAAAAGCAAUGUCUCUUUCCAGAAAUCAUGAAUCAAACCAAUCCACAGAACUUGCUGAGAACAUCACGGAUGAGAGGCUCGUGCUUGUGACAGUGCAGGAUGUAAAAAGGUUAAUGGCAUCCUCCUUGGCUGAACUGCAACGUUAACUAGCUCACCUAGCAUCACUGAGAUAAAAUUGUUGAAAAUAGAAAGAAAAUAGGUGAACAUGUUGCUUAUAAGCCAUCAUAGUCAUGUUGUCUUAAAUAUUUUGAUUGACAUUAAAUAGUAAUGUACUUUAGCCUCCCUCGAUGUGGUAUACAGUAGGCUCUAUGUCCACUAUGGGUUUGAGAUUGACCUUUUUUUUUGUUUCAUAUGGUCACUGUCAGGCUGAAACCUCAUAUCCAUAUUUACAUACACACAUUCACAUACACAUAUUUCAUCCCGUGACUUGAUGUGGUAUUCCAUUAUUGUAAAAACAUGUUUGUUUUUUGUUUUUUUUCAAUGUUCACAGUCAUAUUGACAUUAUACCAGCAAAAGACACCUUUCACGACAGGUACAGUGUAUAUAUUAUUUUUAAAGGGUUCGGUCUAGACCUGCUCUAUUUGAAAAGUGUCCUGAGAUAACUUCUGUUAUGAAUUGGCGCUAUACAAAUAAAAUUGAAUUGAAUUGAA